AAUGUACUUGUAACAAGCUGACAUGCUAAGCUAGCUUAGAUGUUAACAUAGCUUAUGGUUAUAAGAGCCUGCAUUAGAAAGAAUGAUUGAUCAUUAGCAUGUUAACCUAUUAGCAUUCUAAGAUAAUUAACUUUUUCAUUAAUGUCAUUUUAAAGACUAACUUUUAUAGAUAACUCUAUUGAUGUUAGACAAAGUGUGACAGGACCCACACAUAACCGUAAACACACCUUAGACUUAAUUCUGUCAUAUGGACUCAAUAUUCAUAGCAUAGAAAUAUUAACUCCAAUCGAUGUUAUCUCAGACCUUUGCCUCAUCUCUUACAACCUAAAUAUAGAUAAGCUAUCUCCUCCAACACCACAUCACUGGUAAGGCAGUGCAAUCAUAUCUACUACUAAUGAUCGUUUUAUUAGUAACGUUCCAGACCGGUUUCAAAUGCAUCAUGUAACACAACCUUAAAGAUCUUGAUUAUGUGACAGAAACCUUAAAUAAAGCUUUAGAAACUGUUGCUCCUCUUAAGUUAAACUAAUUAAAGCAAAACCGCAGGCAUGGUAUGACCAUCACGCCUCUUCAAGUUUCUAACUACAUUUUUAAAUAGCAGACUAGAUGGAGGACUACAAAGGUUUUCUGCGAUGCUAUCUUGGCAAAUUUCUGGAAGAAAAUCAUUAUGAUUCUAGAUUCCUUUUUUAAUAUAGUUGCAAAACUGACAAGUAUCAAAGCAUCAGAACAAUAGAGUAGUUGAACAAAUGCACACAUUUUUGAGGUGCAAAGUAAAAGGGACACGUUGAAUAAACAUUAACAUGUGGUCACUGUGAAGUAUUACUUCUCAUAUGACAGGACCUAAGUGCAGCUUUUGACACCAUAAAUCAUAAAAAUAUACUAGAUAGACUUGAAAAUUCUCAAUGUUAGCAUGGUUUAGGUCUUAUUUAUUCAAUUGUUUCACUUUGUUUAUGUAAAUGAGAAAGUCAUAUAACUCUCAGGUUAAAUAUGGUGUACCACAGGGAUCAGUUUUAGGCCCUAUCAUAUUCUUGUUACACAUGCUUCCUUUAGGAGACAUUAUUAGGAAACACAACAACAGUUUUCAUUGUAAUGCUGAUGAAACACAGCUCUACAUUUCCUCAAAACCCAGCAGUUUUCAAGGUUAACAGACUGUUUUAGGGUUACCAAAAACUCGUCUCUUAAACCAAGUAUUCACCUAAUUCAACUUCUAAACAUAUGUAUGAUGCAAUAGUUAGCUUGACCGGAACCAGGCACACACAUCCAUUGUUUUGUAUGGCUUUAGCAUUACAUGCGAGUGGCCUCUACGCUAAUAUCCGUUUGUUUUUUCCCCUGGUCUCAUCCCCGGGUCUCUGAGGACACCUGAGACCCACAGACCCAGUUCCGGCUCUGCCUGAUGCCUAUCCUCGUGCUUCCCAACUUAUGACUACAAUCAACAGCUUAGCCGUUGCCUGUGUCACACAGAAGCAAUAUGAGAUGGAGUUCUCUGUUAAUCUUCUGUUUUUUGCCUGGUUGUGUCCGCUUUUUGUGUGAACUUUCAGCCAAGUUAAAAAAAAUCUAAAUAUCUAUUCUUUUUGUAACAGUAGUUUGAUGUUGUAGCUGCACUCAGUAAGAUUACUCAUGACUUGACUUUUUCCUCAAAAUCAAAAUUUUUACAAUAUGUAGUUAUAGUACCUCAAUCCUAUAUGCCAUUUUUAUUCAACCCAAAAAUCACAAUCUGUUUAAAUUAUUUUUCAGUCACAUCUGCCACAAAAACAUACCCCGCAGUUUAAAGCCAAUCUAAAAUGAAUAAUCACUAUCAUAAGCUACUAUUUUAACCAAUGUUAUUGGAGAACUGACUCUCCUGGCUUAGUCUGGUGUAUCUCACAAAGUUUUUCUUCACAAGUGUAGUUCUGGUUUCUUGCUGCUUGUUGCCCCGUUGGCUUGCUGACAUUAAGUUUACGGUUUGGUCAAUUCUGUUAAUACAGCUUUCUUGUAAUGGUCCGGCUACAAUCUUAAAGAUGUCACUGUUUCAGUUUUGUAGGUGUGUUGUUGCACUUGAUAUUGCUAUAUUUUCUGAAUGCUUUUUACGCUGCUGUUUAUGGUAUUAUUGCAAAUUCCUUAUGUAAUGUCAAACCCCUGCUCUUAUGUAUUUAUUCUUUUUUUAGAGCCAUUUCCAUGUAAGACUGAAAGGCAUGUCUAGUUUAAUAUGAUGCCUGUUAUCAUAUUUAUUGACUAAAUGUUUGAUAGGUGAAGAAAAAGUACAUACAGAUUUAUGUAAGGAAUAAUUGACAACGGCAACGGGCUGUUAAAUAAUUCAAAUACAAUGCACACUAAAGGUGUUAAUGCGGCGUGGAGCAUUCAACAAGGCCCAUGGUAGAACAGCUUAUAAUCUAUUUAUGAGGACAAUACAACUAGAAAAAAUACUAUGGGUCAGUUUCCUGGAAAGGGGUGUAGAAUAAUCCGGGACUAGGCCUUAGUUAUUUUAGGACAUUUUAAGUAAUUUUUACAAACAUACCCUAUAAAAAACAACACUUGUGUCCAUCUUGAGACAAAUCAAUGGCACUAAUAUAUGUAAAGUUACAUGAGUACAAGGUGUUUUUAAAUUAAGGCAGCUUAAAUACGCAUUUAGUCUAGGACAAUAGGAUAAGCCCUGUCCAGGAAACCACCCUAAAUAAUCUAAUCUAUUAUACUUUAUAUUUAGUAGUUUUUUGUGUUUUUUCUAUAUAUCUUUAAAGGCUGAUUUGAAGCGAUGCAAGGUUGCAAAAAAGAGCUAAAUAAAUACAUUUGACUUAUAAUACUAAAGCUAAUAUUUAUAAUUAUUAUUAUUAUGAAGCUCACAAGCAGAUGUAAUGAUUACCUGAAAAUAUUUAUGAGUAGAUUGGCUCUGCAUUACUACCCCUUAAGAAAAUUAACCGUGUCUUUUUGUGGUAAAAGUUUAGUAACCAUGUUUUUUGGUAUAUAUUACAAUAACCAUGUUUUUUUUUAACUGUAGUAAAACAUGGUUAAUUUUCGUAAUGGACAACACAGUCAAAUAUCUUUUUAAACAAUCUCAGACGCUUACAGUCAUAUUUAUAUUAAAGCUAAAUCUGGAUUAGCAGACACGAUUUUCAAGAGCAACUUUCCACCAAUAACAUCUCUCGUCUCAGGAUGAGCUACCUGUUGCGUUGAUCGCUUGAUGUAACGGUAGAUUUGAUUGGUGGAGAGAGUAGCCCGUGGAUACGCAUGCGCGUGUGUUGUCUGUGGAGCGGUUGCAGUUUGUCACGGAGAAACUGCUGCUGUCACUCAUGAUGGAUAACCUGGAGGAGGAUUUGACAUGUUCAGUGUGUUACAGUCUCUUCAGUGAUCCGAGAGUCUUGCCCUGCUCCCAUACGUUCUGUAAGAGCUGUCUGGACAGCGUGCUGCAAGUCUCUGUGAAUUUCUCCAUCUGGCGACCUCUUCGCCUGCCGCUCAAAUGUCCCAACUGCCGUAGCGUGUCGGAGCUCCCGACCGACGGCGUGGACGCGCUUCCGGUUAACGUCUGCCUGCGUGCCAUUGUAGAAAAGUAUCAACGUGACGGUCGGCCCCGUUCUCCCGUCUGCCCCGAACAUCCUCACCAGCCUCUGAACGUCUACUGCGUUCAGGAUCGUAAGCUCAUAUGUGGCUUCUGCCUCACUGUCGGUCAGCACCGAGGCCACGCCAUCGAUGACCUCCAGACUGCUUACGUGAAUGAGCGAGCCGCUCAAGCCCAGCUGCUGAAGGGUUUGAGAGGAGAACGGUUGGAGGAGAUCUGCAGCCUGGCAGAUGAUCUACAGCAGGAGAAGAUCCAGAGCGAGAGUCUCGUUCAGAAGGACCGCGAGGUUGUAUCGCGUUUCUUUCAGGGUCUCGAGCUUAUCCUCGCCCAGAAGCGGGAAGAGUUCGGGCGCGCUCUCGACAGGGCGAGCGAGCAGCUGACGCGUACGUACGACCCACUUAUUGAGCGACUGAAGGAGCUGCAGGUAGAACAGAGCGAGCUGAUAUCUCUAAGCUCCAGUAUUGAGGACGAAGAGGGUCCACUGGUUUAUCUGGAAAAGGCCCAUGAGCUUAGGGAACGUCUGAAAGCGCUGAACGAGAGCGUGCUGCCUGAGAUUCCCUACAUUUGUCAUACACCACGAGCAGAAGAGUUCAUAGAGGAACACUGGACUCGUGUAACCAUCAGAGGACUCAGAGACGGACCCAUUCCAGAAAUCUCAUGCCGUACACACAGACACUCCAUAAGCAGCUGCACAAAAUCUGAUCAAAAUCAGCUCAGGCACAGUCGACCGUCUUCAGUUUUAGUUGUAUCGUUUUUGCUUGUCCUUGUUCUAGCAGUCGUGUGUUUAACUUCAGUUGAUGGGUCCAGUAUUGGGUUGUCAGUUUCAUCAGGGAUUGGUUCUAGCAUUUCGGUAUUAUUGAGUGAGCUUACUCACCUGUUUCAUGACAUGUGGACACACCUUCUCUGUAUGUUACACAACAUUAACACCAAACUAUGCUCUUAUAUUAUGACUUUGGGAGAAAACAUCUACCAACAUCUGAUAACCUUUUUCAAAACACUCCACUUGUGUUAAACAUUAAAGGCACACAAGGCAAGUCUGAGUAUUAUUUGUCUACUAGCUCCCCCUAGUGUCUGGGAGUAAAUGCGUUCUAUAUCUUAGACUAUACGAGACUGAAGGACACCGGGUCGGAUACAGCGAACUUGCAAGUGGGGUAUUCUUCCUACAGACGGUAGGGGCGGGCGAGAGAGUCUUCAUUCGUCAUGUAAUGAGUCAUUUAACCAUAUACCGACUUACGAAGAUGAUUUAUUAACAUAAAAAUGCUGCCUUGUGUCCCUUUAAGUUAAUUGUAAUAUUUGACAGUAAUGAAUUUAUAAACAUUUCACCUGGACAGAACCCUUCUUCUGUACAGACAAAGAUUUAUUCGCUGUGUUUCAGUAAUGAUAUUUGUCACAGAUUUGGUCCAUUUAUUCACUCUAUUCUCAAUCAUGUGCUUGUACUUCAUUAUUGAGCACAAAUCAGAUUGUGCCUACAGAAAUAGUGCAACAUUUGUAUUAAACUCAAGGUAUAAACAGUGCAUUUGCAGUAUUGCCAGAAUUAUAAAUGCGUUCAUCACCAGCAGGGUGGAUUUCUGCAACAGACUUCAACCAUUAGACAGCUGCUGCCAAAAUAUCUGAGCACAUCACUUCAGAUCCUUGCAAUGGCUUCCAGUUACACUUACAAUAGAUUUGAAGUAUUAUUACGCAUUUAUAAAUAACUUUAUGGCUAAGAACCGAAAUACAUGACAGAUAUGCUAAUUCAAUAAACCUAACAGAUUACUCCGAUCAUUAGCAUUAGGUCAGUUAGAAAUACCAAGGGUUAACUCAAAACAAGGUGGGUCAGCAUUUAUGGCACCUGUAGCUGGAAUCAGCUUUCCAAAUUAGUAUCUUUAGCCGGAUUAACACUCCAAUAUGCUAACAAUCACAUUUAGAAAAGCUUUUGAGUAAAAUUAAGCAGUCAGUCAGUGUCUGUGGGUGGGGCUUUAUCAGUGUGACAUCACAUUAACAAGAGAAUCAAAACAGCAGGUCUAGUGAGACUGAUUUAGUUUAAUGGGGAUAAAUUAAGGAGAGGGUGUUUUUCAUUGUAAGGUAGUUGUGUUCACACACUGCUAAAACACGUUCAGGGCCUGAAAUUAACACCCGACCACGCGCCAAAUGCGGGUGGAUUUUGCAAUUGGCGGGUAACACUGUCAAUCUACCGGCCACAUUGGCGGGUAGCCAAUGCGAAUCAAUGAUGCCCAGGUCAAUGUAUAAACAACCCGCACCCGACUGACGUUUUCAGUUAAAGACGAGUUUUAUAAAUCUGAGCGUUGGAGUGGAUUUGAGUGAACGGUCUAAGAAUAAAUCUGUGAGUAAAAACGCUUUAUAAAUGAGGCCCCAGGCCCUGCACACGUUUAUGUCCAAACACCAAAAGUGGAGUUUUGUAUAAUAUUGGUCCUUUAAAUCUAAAAUUAAAGUCUGUUUAACACUGAAUUUACUAAAUUAGCACUGUGCACUUUUUUUCUGUUGUAUUCUUUGUAAAUUCGUGGUCAAUUUUUUAUGAAAUCAAAUGUAUUCCUUUUGAUGGCUAUUUUAAAUGCGUAUGUAUCUUUUAUAUUGUUAUCUUUUAUUGUGAUUGAAUUUUUCCUCUCUUUGAAAUGAUUCAUUUCUUUGUAAAGCACUUUUAGAGACCUCUGUGUAUGAAUUAAACUUAUCUGGCUUUAUCUGUGAGGCGUUACUGUGUUCACAUAGCUGCUGCUGCUUUUAAUCCAAAUCCCUAAAAGAUAUGUGACCUACUCAAAUCAAAUGCAUUAACCAAACAUUUUUGGGUCAAGCUGACGGUAUUGAUGUUAGCCAGUGUUGAUUUGAGCUGCUCAUAGAGUUUAUUAUAGUGGAGAAA